CCGACGUUCAUCGAAUACAUAAACCCUAGAGAGCAGCAACAAUGGCGUCUCUAAAACCCUAGCACACAAAUUCGCUCCCUUGAAUCCUUGAAUCGAGAUGAGUUCCGAGAUUGUGAAUCCAAAGGCGUACCCUUUGGCUGAUGCUCACCUGACGAACACGAUCAUGGAUCUCGUCCAGCAGGCAGCAAACUAUAAGCAGCUCAAGAAGGGUGCUAAUGAAGCAACGAAGACGCUCAACAGAGGCAUCUCUGAGUUUGUAGUGAUGGCUGCUGAUACUGAGCCACUUGAGAUCCUCCUCCAUCUUCCCUUGCUUGCAGAGGACAAGAAUGUGCCAUAUGUCUUUGUUCCUUCAAAACAAGCUCUUGGCCGAGCUUGUGGAGUUACAAGGCCGGUGAUCGCUUGUUCGGUCACUAGCAACGAAGGAAGUCAAUUGAAAAGCCAGAUACAACAACUCAAAGAUGCUAUUGAGAAACUCUUGAUCUAAAAACUCCGUCGGUUCAGCAUGAAAGCCCUUGAAACUAAAUACGAAAAAUUUUGGAGGCUCGGCUUGAUACUGGUGUGUUGUUUCUUAUGUGGAUGUGAGAUUUAGGUAACAUUUGUAAUUGAGAGUUUGAUGACCUUAGUUUGGUUGUAGCUUUCAGUAGUUGUUAUUUGUAUUACUGGAUGAAAUUGCAAGUCAUUCUGGAGUAUGAAAAAUGAACCAUUAUUGGCAAUUUUAUUUAUGGUAUCAUCAGUGUUCUAUA